GUAUUUUUGGCAGGGUUUGAAAUCCUUUAAAUAGAGAACAUCCACAGGACCCCUUUAGUCUGGAUGUAAAGCAUUAAAGAUGGGUGAUAGACUAUUCACUGUGCUAAUUCUUAUAAUCUUUAUUGUCAUCUCAGCCUGUGGCCAAGCAGCUACUGGUGGUCUUUCCUGCCCAGAGCACCAACAGUCCUUCGAGAGCUCCUGCUAUGAGUUUGUGGGUCUGCGGCAUAAUUUUUUAAGCGCUCAGGCAUGGUGUGAAAGGAGCGGCGGGCACCUGGCUUUCAUCCAGAACGAUGAGACCCAGCAAUUUCUCCAGAAACACCUGCAACCAGAACAGAAUUGGUGGAUAGGACUAGCACCUUCUUUCAACAACAUCACUUUGAAGUUUGGACAGGAUGGCCUGAGCUGGCUGGAUGGUUCUGAUGUGAUUUACUCAAACUGGAUCCGUGAGCCAGUACUGGAUACGGGUUGUGGCUACAUUAGCACAGAUUCUGGAUCUCAAUGGAUGAUGACAAGUAACUGUAGCCAGGAAUUCUACUUCAUUUGUGAGUUUGAAACCGGUCGCUAUCUGUCCUGUAUGAAUCACAGUCCUUUCCUUCAGUGUGGCUCAAAUGAAGUAAUAGAGAUUCAGCAGAGCUUCUAUGGCAGGACGACCCCACACUACUGCAGGAGAAACAUCUCAGCCCCUCUGACAUCAUCACAGGAACAGUGUGGCUGGACCAAUGUGCUGGAUUUAGUUGCAGAGAACUGCAAUGGACGACAGGUUUGCCGGGCUAUAACAGAUGCAUCCUCUUUUGGAGAGCCAUGUCCCACACUUGGAAGUUACUUACUGGUGGAAUACGACUGCAAAGACGCAUACAGUGUAAAUGGAAGAUCUGCAGUUGAUGGUGAAGAAGAUUCUUCAUAUAAGGACGUGCACAUUAGGAAAAAACGGGACGAGUGUUCUACACAAAAUGCUGUGUCUUCGAUUACCAUCAUAUGCUGGAAUUGUGAGACAGAGACUGUUGUUGAUUAUGUCAGAUUGGACAUACAAGAACCGAAUUGUACACAAACUAAAUGGUUUUUGGAAAACAAAGCAAGCCAGACUAAUGCAAGCAUUUCUGCUUCUUUAAUGUUUAUUACACCAAGUGAUCUGAACACCUGCACAUCGGAUGGCAUAAACAUGAAAAUUUUUGAUAAUAAUAAAACAACUGUGGAGAUCCAAACUAAAGACCUCAAUUGUUCUCAGAACUAUUUGGUGACGGUCACCUGCAAUAAAACUGGCACAACAAAUUAUGGGAAUUAUGUCAUUUCAAACAAAUCACUAUGUCUACCACCCAACCCUUUACUGUCCACUGCCGCGAACAUGUUGAUAGCGAUGAAUGACACGCAAAACAUAACUGAUGUCAAAAAGUUGCGAGCACACCUUCUUUUAAAUAUUUGUGCAGCUUUAAACAAAACCAACUUAGUUACGAAAGAUGAUGACGUGCUAAUGGUUGCUAAUGCUAUAGAGGACAUUGUUGAAGAGGUCGAUGAGUUGGACUCUGAUGGUCAGGUGGAGGCUGGUUGCGUAAUAGAAAGCAUCGCUCGCUCGCUCUCUUUCAUUGAUAUUUACACGACCAACACCACUGUACUAGAUGAUGCAGCCCAGCACAUUGUUAACUCUGUUAGCUACGUUGUUGAAGCCUUUAGGAGAGUUUAUGAGGUAGAGACCGCCAGUUAUUUGGUCAAUGGUCUGGAUUUUGUGCAAAGUUAUCUUUUAGAAAAUAAAACGACAGGCCAGGAGCCAACUAUUCUUAGGGCACCCCAUGUUAUUAUUUAUGUCAGAAGAUUAUUGCCUGCUGACAUCCAACAGGCUUUUAAUGCGCCGAAUGUAGGAUCAGCUACCUUCUCAAUGCCAAAUCUGGCUGAUAAUGCUUUAUCAAGCACAGUGGAGGCAGUGGAUGUUAGACUGAAAAAUUUUCUUAUUGACCCAUGGAAAUACGGUCCUGGCACUGUUGGUACUGUGGGUGGUUUUUCCAUCACUAAACCACGUGAAAAUUCUAAAUUUCCAGUAGAAGGUCUUUCUCAGGACAUUGAGAUCUGGUUACCAAGGCCAGAGACGAGUCUAAACAAAACCUUUCUGAACCUGAGCAGCUACAGCACCAUGAUGGUUAACCUGACAGCUGAAAACACAUCCAUAGUUUUCAGGCUAGAACCCUCUGAAGAAUUACCGCUGAUCUUACUGCUGGGCUAUGAGGACUAUCCUUCUGAUAAAAACUAUAUAGCCAAAGUAACGCUUCCUCUAGAGGGGAAUUCUCUAGUGGAAAGGUACACGUGGGUAGUGAGUGCCAGUGAGUUGCCAAGAGAAAUUGGCCUUUACUACCUUUUGGUAAGGCCUAUUGUUUCUCCGGGUGUGAAGUCUGUGAAUGCCACAGUGAUUAUUACAACCGUUACUGCCCAUUGCAUUUUUUGGAAGCUGAAAAAGUCAGAAUGGGGCGACUCAAAUUGUAGGGUUGGCCCUUAUACAAACGAAUCUGCUACUCAGUGUCUGUGUAACCAUCUAACCUUUUUUGGGAGCAGCUUCUUUGUCGCGCCCAAUACGGUCGAUCCAUCACAGUCCGCUCAGUUGUUUUCCAACUUUGCGCAGAACCCAGUGGUUGUGUGCUUUGUAUGUGCAAUCUUCCUGGCCUACAUUAUAGUGGCAAUAUGGGCACGCCGGAAAGACCUACAGGACAAAGUCAAGGUUAAAGUUACUGUGCUAGAAGACAAUGAUCCAUUCGCAGAAUACCGUUAUUUGCUGAAGAUCAGCACUGGACAUCGUAUGGGAUCUUCACCUUCAUCGCGGGUGAUAGUGAUAAUACAAGGUACAGAGGGAGAGUGUGAGCCCCACCAUCUGACUGACCCUGACAAGCCAGUAUUUGAGAGAGGAGGAGUGGACUUGUUUCUGCUGACCACACCCUACUCAUUGGGAGAGGUGCAGAGCAUCAGACUGUGGCAUGACAACACAGGAGAUAAUCCAUCUUGGUUUGUUAACUCAGUGAUGAUACAGGAUAUGGAGACUGGGCAGAAAUGGCAUUUCCUAUGCAGCUCAUGGCUGUCGGCUGAUGUAGACGACUGUACUGUCGAGAGAACGUUCCCUGUAGCAACAGACGAAGACCUGAAGGGCUUUAGCAAUUUGUUCUUCAUGAAGACAACGACAGAUUUCUGCGACGGUCACAUCUGGUACUCUGUGGUCAGUCGACCACCCAGCAGUAACUUUACCCGAGUGCAGCGCGUCUCCUGCUGUUUCUCUGUGCUGCUUUGCUCGAUGUUGACCAGUAUUAUGUUCUAUGGGGUUCCCACAGACCCUUCAGAGCAGACCAUGGAGAUGGGUACCAUUCAGCUGACCUGGAGUCAGGUGAUAAUCGGCUUUGAGAGUUCCAUCAUCGUGUUCCCCAUCAACUUGCUAAUCGUGGGUAUCUUCAGACAUGCGCGUCCUCGAGAAAAGAAAACAAAACAAAAGAAGGGAAAAAAGAAGAGUAAAACCGACAAAGAUAUCUCUUCAUUCUCUUCACAUUUUGACCAGAACAACAUCACUGUGGAAUUCAUCAUCAAAGACAUUCAGAGAAUCAUUUACCUGUUUGCAAAUGCCAUGAAAUUCCCAGUGCCAAACACAGCAAAGGACGCGGAUAAUGCAAACAUCAACAUGAUGCUAUCAGAGCUCCAUAAGCUCAUCGAACAACAGCGCUCGACGCACAAAAACAACCCCUCGUCUGUAUUUUCGCUCUACAUCCAUCAUCUGCUCAAACAGCUUCACAACGUAGAGGGUGAAGUGAGGAUGUUGGGGCCUUCUGGCUUUUUAAGACCCGGUUCCUACAGCCAAAUUUUACUGCAGAUCCAGAACAUUAGGAAACUGCUGGAAAAUCACCUUUACUACGGUUCACUCGGUCAACAUGCAAACGGCUCAAGCACAACCAAAGACAAAAAGAAGUCCUGCUGGAACGGUCUGCCCUGGUGGUUCGUGUAUGUGGGUUGGCUUCUCGUCGCAGGAACCAGUGUGGUGUCCGGGUAUUUUACCAUGUUGUAUGGGCUGAAAUAUGGGAAGGAUCGUUCAGUCAGCUGGAUCAUCUCUAUCGCGAUGUCCUUCACUGAGAGCCUCUUCUUCACCCAACCUGUUAAAGUCAUUCUUUUUGCAAUAUUCUUCGCAUUGGUGGUGAAAAACGUCAAUUCUGAUGAUGACCUUGUAGACACUUUGUGUAAAAAAGCAAGCACUCGAUCAGAAAGUCUUGAUGGAUUGCGAAUUGCUAAAAGGGACUGUACCCGAAAGUACUACGUGCCCCCGCCUCGCUCUGACAUGGAGAAGUUUAAAAGAAAUCUGGCCAGACAGCGGAAAGCAAGAGCGCUCAUUGUGGAGAUUCUAGUUUUUGUAGGUUUCCUGUGGAUGCUACUUAUGGUAGCAUAUGGCCAGCGAGAUUCAAAUGCGUUUUACCUCACUCAACACAUUCAGCAAAACUUUGAAAAAGGACUGUCAGACACUAUGAGCCACAGUGAUGUGUUUAAUUGGGCAAGCAGCACACUUCUUGAAAGCCUAUAUGGAUCGAAACCAGGCUUCAUAACAGAUGGAAACUCAAAACUUGUAGGAAGUGCUCGUCUCCGUCAGCUUAGGGUAAAGAAAGACUCCUGCAAAGUUGCUAAACCCAUGCAACACACCGUUCCUGAUUGUAACGCUCCGUACUCUUGGGAUAAUGAGGACAUGGGCUCUUACGGUCCAGAUUGGCUUCCUUUGAUGUCUGUGAAUGACUCCGUAGACAUGGAAUGGACGUACCAAAGCCAGUCCGCGCUCCGAGGAUAUCCCGCCUGGGGUGAUAUUGCACUUUACAGGGGAGGGGGAUACGUUGUGAACCUUGGAUCAGAUCAGCAAAAUGCUAGUAGCAAGCUUUGGUAUCUGUUUGACACCACCUGGUUGGAUACGUACACAAGGGCGUUGUUUGUAGAGUUUACGGUCUACAACGCUAAUGUCAACCUCUUCUGUAUUGUCACGCUGAUACUGGAGAGAACUGCAGUCGGAGCGUUUCAGUAUCGCGAUGUCAUCCAGAGCGUUCGUAUCUAUCAGUCCACGGGUAGCUUUCAGUCUUUUCUCAUAGCCGCUCAGGUCUUCUAUUUCCUCUUCGUCCUGUACUAUACAUUUCUGCAGGGGAAGGCAAUGAAGAAGCAGAAAUGGGCAUAUUUCAAAAACAGGUGGAACCUUUUAGACCUGUCCAUCAUCAUCUUGAGCUUCACUACAUUAUCUGCCAUUGUAAGGAGAACGAUACUGGGAGACAGAGACAUUGCGUACUACCAGAAACACAAAGAUCAGUUUCCCAGUUUCAACGACACGGCGCUAGCAGACGCUACAAUGGGAUAUCUCUUUGCUUUUUUAGUUCUGCUGGGCAGUGUGAAAAUGUGGCAUCUGUUAAGACUGAACUCUAAAAUCUACCUCAUCACCUCUACACUUCAGCGGGCGUGGAAUGAUAUGUCCAACUUCAUCCUGGUCAUCGCCAUUGUGUUCCUGGCAUACUGUCUUGCUUGCAAUCAAAUUUUUGGAUGGGAGCUAUACUCUUACAGAUCUAUACCGGAUUCCUUUAUGACAAUCUUUAAUUUGCAAGUAGGCAUAUUCAACUAUGAUGAGGUGUUAAAUUGUAAUCCAGUGCUCGGAGGGGUUAUCAUCACCACCUGUGCCGUUUUCCUCACAUUUAUCAUGCUGACCCUCUUUGUCUCUGUCAUUCUUGAGUCAUUCAGUGAAGAACAGGAAAACCAUCAGCCUUCUGAGGAAGAGGAGUAUGUCAACGUCAUUAAGCUCAAGUUCCUUGGUCUCUUUGGGAUCAAACGCAAGACGCAAGGAGAUGACAAAGAACAUCUUCUUACUGACGACAGCAACUAACUCUCAUCACCUUAUGAUCCUACAUGAACAACUGACUCAACUCCUGCUCAUGUUUUCAACUUAAAUCAUUCUGCUUUUACAAUAUAUCAUUUAAUCAUAUAGCAGAUCAUUUUGGGUUUUCUUAAACAUAAAUAAAUACGCUAGAAAGGAAAUCUUUAAUGAACACUACUGUAAACUUAAAAUGUACUCUUUGUGAAUGUGUAUGCUUUGCUCAAAUAAAACAUUUUAGACA